AUGUCCGAGCAGAGCCUCGUGUCCACGUUCCAGGAGUUCCCUCCCGGCGGGGGCCUCGCCGCGCAGAUCCACCGCACCGCCAGCGUGCAGGAGCGCCUGCUGGACGGCAAGAAGGUCCUCACGUCCUUCGGCCCCGUCAGCAGGCCGGUGGUGCGCGUCGUCAAGCCCAAGGGCCCGGCGCCCCCGCCCCCCAUCAAGCCCAAGCCCAGGCUGCAGACGACGCCCAUGAUUCACCAGGCGCAGCAGGAGUACGACGACGAGGAGCCGGACCUGGGCCACGACGCCUCCGCCGCCGCGCGCCGCGAGGAGGAGACGCAGGCCUACGAGAGCACACGCAUCUGCGCCGCAGAGAUCGCGCCGGAGCCGCCGGUGCGCACGGAGAGCCUGCUGCGCGACGCGCACCCGGGCAUCGCCAAGCGGGUCACGGCGCUCGAGCGCGCGCUGCCGCUUCCGGUCAUCGAGGAGAACAUCAAAAACACUCGCAAGCGGCCGGCGCCGCAGCCGCGGAACAUCCUCCCGCUGCACUCCGACGGCGAGUCCUCGCGGGAGGCGUCGCUCACGCGCCAGCAGGACCGGAGGCCCCCGAAGCCCGAGAGCGCGAAGCCGCCGAAGCCGGACGCCGCGAAGCCGCCGCGGCCGGAGGUGCGGAAGCCGCCCCGGUCGUCGCUGCUGGAGAAGCCGCUGCGCCUCGCCGACAAGAACAUGAUGAUCACGCGCCCGGGCCCCGCGGGCCACGCCGCCCCCGCCAAGCCGGAGCGCAAGCGCGCCGAGGGCGACAGCGCGGCCAACCUGCGGCGCCUGGAGGAGGUUCUCACGAACAUCCUGGACCACGGCGCGCCGCCGCUCCUGCGCGCCACCAAGUCGGACGAGAACAUCGCGGAGAGCGUGAAGGCGGCGGACGCGAGGGCGCCGAAGGGCAUCCUCAAGAAGGGCCCGAAGCCGCCCUCGAAGCCGAGCAAGUACGAGGUGGCGCACCGCGAGGCGCUCGAGGACUCGCGCGCGCUGCUCGAGCGGCUUCCGCGCGGGGAGCUGCAGCGCAACAAGAUCGUGCUGCGCGUGCCGUCCUUCCGCACGGCCGGAUGUCCAGACCGAGGCACCAACCUCAGCGUCGCGCCACGGUACCGCACCGACACAGCGGCGCCGCCCGUCGCCAAGCCGCCACGCGCGGCGCCGGCCGAGCGCUGGGGCAAGGGCGGGCGGCGCGAGGAGCCCCAGGAGGCGGCGGCGACCGACGGGUCGUCGUCGUCGGGCUACUCGUCGCCCGAAGUGAGCAGCAAGGAGCCGUCGCCGCCGCACUCGGGGCCGCCGUCGCCCGCGUCGUCGUCCGCCGCGCCCAGCGACGAGGACGAGCGGCGCUGCGGCGACGCCAACGUCACCGUCAUCGAGAUCAACAAGGGCGACGCGGCGAGCGGCCGGGCGCGCGCCGCCGCCGACCGCCCGCCGCCGCGCCCGCCCAAGCCGCUGCGCCUGCGCCACGUGUCCGACGCCGCGGCGCUCGUGAGCAGCCAGGGCGGCCUGCUGGUGCCGGUGCACCGCAGGACGGCGCCGCUGCCGCUCUACGAGGACGUGUUCGGCCUCGCCGCCCUCACGGAGAACGUCAUGCUGCUCACGGAGGCCAUCAACCCGGUGCUGGUGCACGCGACGCGGCCCCACGACGGCGCGGGCGGCGGCGCGACGGCCGGCGCCCCCUCCACGGCGCCCAGGGUCGUCGACGUGAUCCGCAAGACACUGCAGGGGCCGAUGUGGGACGGCCGCACCGCCGUGCUCCCGCGCCCCAGACCCGCCCUCCGCACGCACAGCCUGUCCCUCCCGCGACCCUCCGUCACGUCCACGGGCCGCCCCCACGUCUCUAGAGGGUCGCGGUCGCCCUCGCCCGUCCGCCGGGAGGAGCAGAGGCAGCAGGUGGAGAAGCAGAACUCGGCCUCGUCCACCGCCGCCUACCUGGCCUCGCUCGAGCUCCUGGCGUCCCACUACAGGCACCAGGCGCUCGCCAACGCCAAGCAAUUACAGCUGCAACAACGACUGCUCAUGCAACAACAGCAACAACAACAGCAACAGCAACAACCUCAUCAACAGGAACAACAGGAGCAACAAGAAACGAAGUUAAAAGAAGAAACAGCGGAAGUGACCGAGGCGACCGAGGCGAGUCCGCCCGCAGAGGCGAUACCGAACCCUGCUUCGAGCGGCCAGCCUGCGAGUGAAUCCCGGUCUCCCAUUGAACAGGAGAGCGAGUGUUGA